AGUUAUUCUUGUAAGAGCGCGCGCUCCGUUCACAUCGUGCUGGUUAAGUUCUUGGUCAUCCUCCCGCGCGCGGGCUCGUCUACGAAGUUUUCCGUUUUGCUUAUUAAUUCAAUUAGCGUUCAAGUGCCAUUUCGGUUAAUUUUUCGGUCGUUUUUUCCCCGUUGGAAAGUAUAUACAACAUAGGGUGAGGCGAUUCGGAUUUAUCCGUUGCACUGAAGCAGAAUUGUCAAACGUAGGUGCUAGAAAUCGCAUAAAUUCCGGAAGUUUUUCCAAGGCUGCCAUCCGAGUAAACAUCUAGAAGAUUUUUUGUUUUGCAAGAUGCAACUACUUGCAUUAUGUGUAGCAGCAUAUGUUGCUUCGACAGAACAAACUGAAAGUCACCCCGUGUUUAUGGUUACCUCUCUGGACUCUUAUCCUUUCACAUCAAUGCUGCGGUCAGCGCGAGAAAUGCUUUUCAACUAUAUUGGAUCUAACAGCGAAGACAUUUCUAAAUUUAGAAAAAACCUCAAAUAUGGUAAACUACAAAAACAAUUUCCUCCUCAUGAACCGUUCCCAUGCAAUAUAACAAGCAUGCGGAGUGCAACCAUCCCUUCAUCGGUUCACACUUUGAGACCUGGAGACAUAGACAUCGUUGGUGCAAUGGGGGAUUCGCUCACCGCGGGGAACGGCGCAAUGGCCACUCAGCUACUGGAGGUAUCUGUCGAGAACAGAGGACUUUCGUGGAGCAUUGGAGGUCAACAGACGUGGAGGAAAUUUUUAACAAUUCCAAACAUUCUCAAAGAGUUCAACCCGAAACUGUACGGUUUCGCUUCGGCAGAUGGCUUGUCGUAUCAAAAAUCGUCUCGGUUUAAUGUAGCGGAAAUAGCUGCGAUGUCCCAGGAUUUACCAUAUCAAGCGAAAAAUCUUGUGAAAAGAAUGAUGAGCGAUUCAAAAGUGGACAUUCAAAACCAUUGGAAACUGAUCACAAUCCUCAUUGGGGCUAACGAUUUUUGUUCAAACGUGUGUUACUUCGAAAACCCAAGCCAAAUACUUUUGGAUCAUGAACAAAACCUCAUCAGAGCUUUACGUAUUUUAAGAGAUCAUCUGCCACGUACCAUGGUAAAUGUAGCAUCUACUCCGAAUGUUUGUCAAUUAACCAAAGUGAUAGGUGUUCCUAGCGAAUGUGUUGCUCUACACAUGGUUGAGUGUUCCUGUGUGUUCGGUUCACAAUUCCAACACAUGAAAAAACAACUGAAUACGAUUAUUCUAAGUUGGAAUGAAUUGCAGCGGAACGUCAGCAACCGAGCCGAAUUCAGCGAUCGAGUUGAUUUCGUUGUAAACUAUCAGCCAUUUGCGGAAAACUUUUCUGUGCCUCGCAAGAAAAAUGGAGAUACUGACUUUUCGUACCUGUCGCUAGAUUGCUUUCAUCUAAGCCAAAAAGGAUACGCAAUAGCCGCGAAUUCAUUGUGGAACAAUAUGCUGGAUCCAGAGGGACGAAAAGUUAACUACAUAUCGUUUAAUUUUAGUUCCAUUCGUUGUCCUUCCCCUGAUCACCCGUAUUUGAUGACUACCAUAAAUUCUUCUUAAAUAUAAUAUACAUACUGCCCAUGAUCGCAUAUUUGUAACAUUUGCAUUUUAGUUUAUUUUUUAAAUCGUUCGUCAAUCCUCCCCACAAAAUAAUUUUUUUGGCCAAGUUUUGCAGUCUACAUUGCGGGGACAUUAUUUUAUAUUUCUGGGGCUUUAUUGUGUGUGCGGCUGUGGAAAGUUAGGUUAUGAGAUACAGAGGGUAAAGUGAAAGUAAACGUUUUCGACAUUCUCAAAAAUGGUGGUCCUGAACCGUCUUACCCUAGCUAGAUAAAAAUUCUCUUGUCCCUUUUUUGCCCCAUUUCACAAUAGGACAGCCCCAUAUAAAGGUGUAGCCAAAACUACCAAAAGGCCAAUUUUAGAUUUGGUUAAUGUGACCAUACGUCCCGCGUUUCGCGGGACAGUCCCGCGUUUUCACUUGUUGUCCCGCGCUGAGAAGCGUCCCGCGAAACGUCCCGCAUUCAACUUAUUUCUAGAUAAUGUCCCGCGAAAUACAGAAAAAUAGAAUAUAUUAUUAGCUAUUACUUAGUAAUUUAAAAGCAAUUAUUAGAUUUUAAAAAAUUUAUAAUUUUGACUAAGACUAACGUUU